UGCCGGCAGCAUCACUGCCGGGUGCGGCAAGCCGCACUUCCUACCUAGUAUAGUUGGUUCCUCUGUGGUGUUCGGCUAUAUGCUGGAGUAGCGCUAUGCCGUUGGGGAGCGAGGCACUGGCGCGUGCGAGCAGCGUCUGAUGCCUAAGCACAGGGGGUCUUGCUGGUGGUGAUGGAGCGUGGCUAUAUACAUACAACCUUUCUCGCUUCCUCAUUUAUUGUAUAACACAUCAUUAAAAAAUUUAUGUGCCAAAGUUUUCUAACAACUAUCUUACAACCAUUAAAAAUAUCUUUAGAGAAGUUAUGCAAUAAUUGUCUGUCAUGAAGUCUUUGCAUCUCCAUUAGUUGAGAGAGAUGGUACUACUAUACUCCCUCUGUUUAUAGUGCGCAUUGGCAGGGCUUUUGGUGGCCGGGCUACAGGCAGGCCGCAAUCUCGUCCAUUCGAAUGGGCUUUGGGUUGGCGAUCCGUCAUUUCACUGCUGUGGGUGGCAGGCCUAGUGGGUGAAUUACGGUCCGUGAUACAGCUAGGCUUCAAUAGGCGUAUUGCGUUCGGCCCAUCACCCGUUCCUGUACCCCGGUCCGCGGCGUGACUCGGUGGCCUGGACAGAGCGAUCUUUCGAAAUGUAUAUGGGCCCGGUGACAUGUGUGGAGCAGGUGGAUCCACGCGUGUGGGUUUCCUCGGCAUUACCCUCUCCUCCACAGAAAGCUUGCAUCCGCGGCUGCUCUCUUUUCCCACACGGGCGCGCUGCGGCGGCGAUUUCCCACCGGCGACAUGUCGACGGACGGACUGGAGGUCAACGGGUAUGUUCUUGUUCCUCCAAGUUCUCUCUCCCCCUAGUUCCUCCCCCCACUUUUCUUUGCAAAUCCAUUCACUGAUGGCGCUAGGUUUGACUGCAAGAGCGGUGGAGCUAACAUCACCGGAUGGGAAAGUGCUGUGUUCCCGGUGGAAUCCUAAGAUUCCAUGAGUGCUCCAGCCCUAGAGCUCGAGAAGGACGAAGAAGCAGCGGUGGUUGGAGAUGGGCAGAGAUACGAGGUGUGCUCUGAAGCUACAAGCGGCUGGACGAGGAGGGUGAGGCUCGGGAAAGCACCUGAUGAGAGGGACAUGAACCCCGACAGGAAAACAACGCUUGAGCUGUCUGUCCGUGCUUAUGCUGAAAAAUGUGAAGGGUAUGUCAUCAAUCCAACAAUUGGCACGGAAUUUGACUCGUUGGAUGAGGCAUAUGAGUUCUACAACCUAUAUUCAUGGAAAACUGGGCUUGGUAUACGGCUGGCGAAGAGCAGGCUCAAUGUGGAGAGAACAAGAUGUAUGCAAGAGAUUGUGUGUGCAUGCGCGGUACGUCUGUGUAAAAAAAAGCAUGUUUCUUCCUGGUUUUUUGCACGGGUGAGAGUGGGAAAAGCAUAUCUGGAGAAUUUGGAGAGGGAGGCCUGACCGAAAAAGUGCUCGCAAGCUAACUGCAAGCUGGUUGGUAAAGAGGGCUUGAGUGGGUAAUUAAAAGAUGACUUAGCUGUCAAUGUAAGGCAGUUGAUAUUUCAGUCAUUUUCGAGUUUGAUUCAGUUGUGGUCUGCAUGCUAAUCUGUGCAAAAUCAAAUACAUGUGAUAUAUCCUGCAUAUGGUGAUGGUACAUUGGAGUUAGGAGGUGAUCAAGGGUCCAAAAAAAUUCAUGGCACAAAUGUGUGACUAAUUGAAAAAUGUUGUGCCAGCGAUUGGUAAUCACAAACAGGUUAUGGAAAUGGAUAAGCAAUGUGCAUAGUCAUCUGUGGAAGUUAAU